CCUCCAACGGCAUUCGCGCGUUGCCGGGACAACCAAAUCCAUCGAUCGCCUUUCUGACGCACGAAAGGGUAACUCGAUUUCAGACCGACUCUGAGAUCUUACAAAUCGUGAUCUAGCUUGAAAUAUAAUUAAUAAGAGAUACAGAUUUUCAUCCAUACUACCUUAUAGAUUUUAUAUAGAAACACAUGAAGUUAUUCGAUUAUAAUUGAUCGAGAUAAAUAGAUAGAUCGUUUUACGUAUUUGUUUUCUAGUAUUGAUAAUUUCAAAUUUACCGCCGAUAAUAUUUUAGCAUGAUAGCAUGAGAAUAUAUUAAUAUUUUCAAUGAAACGACUUCAUAUAGUUUUUUAUCAACUUACCAUCCUACUAUACCUUCAUAUUACGUUCUAUUAAAAAAUAAAGAAAGAAUCAUCAAGUAUAUAAAUACAUGAAGAUUAAAGAUUUUUGCUGCAUAAACGUCAUAAUUUGUUCUCUAACGUGGGUGUGCUGCAAAAAUAUGAUUCAAAUUUGUUCACCCUCUCCUAUACCCGCUGAAGGUCAUAUGUACGAUAUCUACCUAGGGUAGGUUGUGUCACUGCGCAUGUGCCAAAAUGAUGAGACAUACUGCAAGCAACUACCACGCUCGGUGAGUCCUAGAUAAGCGAUUAAGAUGGGCGCGCGAUCCGCGCCACGAAUCUUUCUCUAUCUUACAUCGAAGGGUCUUUCAAAUUUUUCCCAAUCGUCAUCCUUUCGAACGAAGAAUAUUCGAAGUUUGUUGUCUUCCAAAGAACAAAAAAGGUGCGCUAUCUUAUGGCCUGAUCUAUCAAGAUCAAUUUCCAUGGCGACUACUCAACGAUUUAUCUUCGAUCAUUCUGAAUUUUUCACUUUGAACGAGAUGCCACGAAGCAGAAGACGUCAUCGUUCACGCAGUCACUCUAGGACUCGUUCCCAUUCAGCUGGUUCACCUCAGUAUGAACACAAACGUAGGCGUAUUGAUUAUGAUAGUCCACAAAGCAAGGGUACAUAUAGGUAA